CCCUGAAGCUCGUCAUGACAGCUUGCAAUGUGCUGCGUAGUAGCGCUAAGCUUAUACUAUGUAGUUGCCUAGUACGCUGGAAAGAUCCCCCCCCCCCCCCACCUCGUGGUUGAUCUGCGAACGAUCACCUCUCUUAGUUCCCUAAUUACGUUACGGAACUCCCUACCUACACCUUCACCACGUCGUCUCCAGCUUCGAUAGUCCACCCCCCCCCUUCCUCUUCCUCCCCCUGACGCGUGCCUCCUUCAGCCCCCCCACCCUUCCAUUCCUUCUACCAAGAUAACACGUUCCGUUUUGAGUCUGUUGCCCGUCGACACACCGACAAGCUGUCUCGCCCUCCCUCAUGUUCCUCGGGUGGCAAUUGACUCGUGAAUAGCAAUUAUGCCGUCCGCAACGGUGCCGAAAAUGGCAUCGCCCUCUGCCAUCCUCGAGGUCCCUCCGCAUACGACUCCCCAGCUGCAGCACACCCUCAACCAUGACAGCUCCGUGCUGGCUCUCGUCGUGGGCAACGACAGCGUCUACGCCGGAACCCAGAAUGGAGAGAUUCUCGUGUGGCUCCUGGGCACCUUCGAGAAGGUCCAUCAUAUCCAGGCCCACAAGCGCAGCGUCAUGUCUCUCUUCCUAUCCAACGACGGCACCCUCCUCUUCUCCAGUGCCAGCGAUCCUAUCGUGAACGUCUGGUGCCCCCGGACUAUGGCCCGGCUCUACGAGAUCUAUAGCACCAAUGAUUCCUUCGGCGACAUAUUCUCCGUCAGCUAUUCGUCACAAUUCGAGACUGUCUACUACGGCGCCCAGAACACUUCCAUCCAGUGGGUCAAUCUCCAGGAUGCCGAUAGACGGUCCUCGCACGACUCGCCAAACCACCCCGACCGCAGGAACCAUCGCUUCUUCGAUUCUCGUGCUGUCGGCGGCUCGAGCACCCCGCGACCCACCGACGAGCGAUACGAACUGAUACCGCGCCCGCAAAACGUGCUCGAGACGGACAAGCGUGCGAAUAAGAUGUUUGCUCACUAUGGAUAUAUAUACUGCAUGCUGAUGGCGAAGAGCGCCACCGCGUCGACGGGACCGGAAGAGGAUGUGCUGAUAUCCGGCGGUGGAGAUGGAACCAUCAAAGUAUGGAAGCUGGGUGGCCGAGAUAUCGGCCAAGAUGGGUACGAGAAUGGCAUUGUGGAGAUCAUGGUCCUGGGAGAAGAUGAUGCCAUGUCUGUCAUGUCCCUGGCCGUGGACGGGUCGUUCCUAUACAGCGGAAAGCUGGAUGGCAUAAUUGAGCUGUGGGACCUCGACACAAAACAGAAGCUAAGGGCCAUCAAGGCUCAUAAGGGCGACGUGAUGACCCUUCAGAUGGGCUGGGGCUAUCUAUGGAGUGCAAGUCGGACCGGGACAGCCUGCAAACAUAACACUGUCCAUUACGGGGAGUACCAGCGCGACUCUUCACAGAAUGUCAGCCAGAAGUAUCAAUGCCUGACGCAGUGGAAGGCGCAUGACGGCAAGGUUUUGUCGUCGGCUGUAACGACGCACGACGGGAACCAGCUGUACAUUACAGGGGCAAACGACAACAACAUUGCUGUUUGGGUCCUCGAGAACGAGGCUGCCGUCGAGCUGCCGUCGCUCGACGGGCAUGAGGAGGACAUGAUGAUAACCUCCCUCCGCGAGUUCGUCUCCUUCAAGACUAUAUCGUCUCGACCCGAGUAUGCCGAGGACUGUCGUAGGGGCGCAAGCUUCCUCCGCACCCUGUUUAAGAGGCUUGGCGGCGACGUCGAAAUGCUUAGCGGCGACGACACCCGACACCACCCCGUGGUUCUCGCCAAGUUCUGCGGAAAGCUCGAGCCGGCUACGGAGCGUAAGAAGGUGUUAUUCUACGGCCAUUAUGAUGUUGUCCCGGCGGACACGAAGAACGGCAAGUGGAGCAACGACCCUUUCCAACUCACCGGGACCAACGGGUACUUGUAUGGGCGGGGCGUCAGUGACAACAAGGGGCCUAUUAUGGCUGCGCUCUAUGCUGUCAACGACCUCAUGCAGGCCAAGUCGUUGGAUUCCGACAUCGUCUUUCUCAUCGAGGGCCAAGAGGAGUCGGGCUCGCGUGGCUUCAAGGAAACGGUGCGAAAAUAUAAAGAUCUUAUCGGCGACAUCGAUUACAUACUACUAGCCAAUAGUUACUGGCUCAACGACGACACGCCAUGCCUGACCUACGGCCUGAGGGGAGUUAUGCACGCUACCGUCUGCGUGGAGUCAAGCAAUCCCGAUCUUCACUCCGGCGUCGACGGUUCCUAUAUGGUCAACGAGCCCUUGUCGGACCUCAUGGUAUUGCUCUCGAAACUCAAGGGACCUCGAAAUCGCAUUAUGCUACCCGGGUUCUACGACGGCAUUCUUCCCCUCACAGCUGAGGAGGAAGCUCGGUACGACGACAUUCUCUCGGUGCUGACAGAGCAAAACCGGGGCGGCGCGUCGGCGGAGACGGUGAAGGCGAACCUCAUGGCUCGCUGGCGGGAACCGAAUUUAACCCACCAUAAAGUCAAAGUCUCGGGUCCGGACGGAAGCCUGAUUAGUAGUCACGCAAACGCGAAGAUAAGCGUUCGACUCGUCCCGGGACAAGAGGUGGAAGAGGUCACCGCUUCUCUAACCUCCUUCCUCGAGAAGGAAUUUAGCAAUCUCGAGUCCGACAACAAGCUCACCAUCCGAAUCGACAAUCAGGCGGAGCCUUGGCUUGGCGAUCCCAGCAAUUACAUCUUCCGCACUCUCGAGGAGGCCCUCAUACAAGCGUGGGCGCCGCUAUUUUCUAACGAUGCCGACGGCAACGACAGCAACGGGGCCGGAGCCGCCAAGGGGGCUCAGACGAACGGCUAUUCCUCCAAGGUCCGCAAGCCACUCUAUAUCAGAGAGGGCGGUUCUAUCCCGGCCAUAAGAUUCCUGGAGAAGGAGUUCAACGCCCCGGCGGCUCACCUGCCAUGCGGACAAUCUUCCGACGCGGCGCACCUGGACAACGAGAGGCUGCGGGUCGUGAAUCUGCUCAAGAGCAGGGAGAUCUUAUCUUACGUCUUCAAAAAGUUAUAGAAGGGAGGGAUCGCAUCGUGAUAGACAGCGAAGCUGCAUGUUUAGGCGUGUUGGGGCAGACCGCAGUGGAAAAAAACACAAAAGCAAGAAGACGGGAAUCAGCGUGGAGUUGAGGUGCUUGAUGCAAAGUAGAAGUCCAGAUACCCUUUCCCUGUCGCACCUCGCCCUUUUCCAUCCUGUCAGCGUAUGGGCUAUGAAUCUCUAGUCUUUAGCGAUAAUUGCGAUAGCAAUUCAGCGGCAGCGUUAGCAUACGUUGGGUGUAUUUUCUAUUUCUAAUUGAGAAUAAGAUGACAUAUUACCUC